AUGGAGAGUGGAGCUGGAAAGCACUGGACUGAAGAAGAGGUUAAAGCUUUGCUUAGUGUCUGGGCAGAAAAAAAUAUACGAGAACAACUUUAUGGAACCCUGAGAAAUAAAGGAAUAUUCAUUUACAUUGCUAAAAGGCUGCAAGCACUAGGAGUAUACAGAGAUUGGAAACAGUGCCGGGCAAAGUACAAAAAUCUCAAAUAUGAAUACAGAACAGUUAAAUAUGCUCAUAACUCUGGAGACAGCUCUAAAACUAUGAAGUUCUUCCAUGAUUUGGAUGCGAUCCUGCAGUAUGAACCUGCCACACAAUUAACAGAGGAAGAUGCAAAUGGCAAGUGCCUGGCAACGCUGAGGCUGAGCGAAAGUGCAGCUCCAGGGACCACUGAAGGCAAAAUGUCAGUUACAUUACAAGAUAAGGAAGACCUCUCAGGAAAUCCUUUACUUUUGGUUUCUCAUAUCAGACCAGUGGAACUAGGUAGCUCUACAUCAAUUAUGGAACCCUCUAUUAAUCCAACUUUUAUUCCAACUAUAGCAAAUGAAGGAGGAAAACACUGGACUGUGCCAGAAGUCAGGGCUCUAAUUGGCAUCUGGUCUGAUAUAAGUAUACAACAACAACUAGAAGGAACAGUGAGAAAUAAAAGGAUAUUUGAACAAAUUGCUGCCAAGCUUCAGAAAUCUGGAAUAGAGAGAGACUGGAAGCAGUGCAGAACAAAGUACAAAAACUUAAAACAUGAAUACAAGAUUGUAAGAAUGGCUCAAGACCAAGGCAUAACUAAGAGUAUGAAAUUUUUUACUGAGUUGGAUGCUAUUCUGGGACAUAAUAAAACAGAAAAAUCACAACAAUGGGAAUUCCAAGAUGAAGAACAAGCCACUAGCUGUGCCAAUGUAAAAAGAGAAGAGGAUCAGACAGAGAUACCAUACCAAGAUACCGUAAGUACAGCCUCAGAAGAGGUGGGCGGCUCCAAAGCACCACAAAGUAUCACUGUGUCAGGUAAUCAUAUUCCUUUAGAAGAUGCUAAAAAUCAUUUACAGAUUGUAACAGUGAGCGACACAGAGGCUGGAAAACACUGGUGUGACAAUGAGGUCAGAGCGCUUAUACACAUAUGGUCUGAUGAAAAAAUUAAGCAAAUGCUUGAAAGGGCCACAAGAAACAAAGAAAUAUUUGAGGAAAUUGCCAGAAGACUAAUGCAGUUUGGAAUAGACAGAGACUGGAAACAAUGUCGUACCAAAUACAAAAAUUUAAAAUAUGAAUACAGAGUUUUACAAAAGAAAAAUGGCAACCCUCAAAGAAAAAUGAGAUUUUAUGAAGAAGUUGACUGCAUCCUAAGAGGACCAACUCUCAGAACUGCCAAAUGGAAACAUGAAUUAUUUGAAGGUCAUACCAAAAACCCAAGAACUUUGAGCAUCAAAAGAAAAGCACACGAAGAUGGACCAGUGUCUGUAUCUCUUAAGAAAACUGCUCCUGAGAUCACUGCAAAUAGGUUUCCUCAAAGCAUAACAGAACGAAAAGAUUCUACAGAAUGUUUCUACAGAAAGGAAACCCCCUACAUGAUCCAACUUCAUCAGGUAAAUAUCAAAAUUUUUAGAAGUAUGAAAAUGUUUAUCAGUUGCAGGGUUCAAUUCCUAACCCAGGGAAAUAAUAAUUCACUUCUGGGGUGGGCAUUUUCAUCUCCUAAUUAA